AUGGCGGCGAGAAAUGGAAGCAGGAGAGAGGCGUUGCUCAGCCCAGACAUGGGCGAGAAGCCCACCGUUCUCCUGAGUUCCGGCUGCAGCACCACCGGGCGGAGAGCCGCCGCACCCCCGAAGAGGGCACCCAGGGCCUCCGGCUACUGCGUGUGCCGGAGAGCCGUCGGGCUGCUCAGGUUCAUCGGAGGCAGCGUGGUGCAGGCGCUGAGCUACAUCUCCCGCCGAAGGAGCUCCUCGGCCAAGGUGUCCCCGAAGACCGGCUCGAGGCAGUUCCCUCCGCCCCGGGAAUCCCACCACGCCGAGGCCAUUGAGGACUGCAUCAGGUUCAUAAACUCCUCCUCCAGGAGGUUAUCCUAG